ACACAACAUCGAUCUUAACACAAUGUGUCACACUCACAAACAGCUGUGCACACUACUCGCAGUUUUCUCAUUGGCAUCCGGGUUCAUUAACGACCCACUUGAUACCACCACGUUACGCACCACCACCACCACCACCACCACCACACCACGACCCGUGACGGAACAUCCAUCCCAACCCUCCAAUCCGGGAGAAAUUCCGUCGGCAUUCAAGAACCAGUUGGAUAAAAUGCAAGACGACUUGGACGAACUUGCGAAGCAAAACUCUGCCCUCAAGUUACAAGUGACGUCAUUAGAAAAUGACGUAACAACACUGAUUCAACUGCAGGAAAGAGUACGGACUCUCGAGGAAGACAACAUUAUAACCAAAAGAAAACUAGCCGCCAUUCAAAGCAGCGGAAGUCUGACGACGAGGGUACAGACUCUAGAAGCUUCAGAACCAGAAAUAAAAGCGGACAUAUCAAAUCUUAAGCUUGAGCUUGGAACCCAUUCGAGAGCGUUUAACUCCGUCACGCAAGCGAUUCAAAAGUCUAUAGACAACGUGAAACAGACCGUUGAUAAGCUGGUCUCGGGGAGUUCAGUCACCCCAAUUCAUCCAGGAGGACAGGUACCCAUCACCACGCAUGCGUCAGGAACUGUCACGCCGGCAAAGACCACGCCCCUUACAACAGUACUGCAUGAUUGUCUGGAUGUCUAUGCCCAAGCUCAGACACCCGGAGUCUUCACUAUUCAACCUCCACAAUCCCCACGACCAUUUAAAGUUUUCUGUGACCAUGGUUGGACUAUAAUACAGAAAAGAAUAGAUGGUACAACUUAUUUCUCCGGUCCAUUCAGGACUUGGUCUGAUUUUGUUGGAGGAUUCGGAAAUGUGUCUGCAGAGCAUUGGUUAGGCAAUGAAAACGUAUACAAUAUUCUGGCGCAAACUGACUAUGGCCUUAGGGUGGAGGGUGUGGGGUACAGCGGUAAAUUAUACUGGGCUCAGUACAGCAAUUUUACAAUAGAAAACGAAAGGAAUUACUACCGCAUUCAUGUCUCUGGAUAUACGGGUAACUUCGACGACACUAUGGAAACAGCCAAUGGAAAUGCAUUUGUUACACAGGAUCAUCCGGGCACCGUUCGUUUCUUUUUGGAUUGUUCUGGGUACACUGCUAGUGGGUGGUGGGCCAACACCACGACGGCUGUCUCAAACUGUGGAUAUGACUUAAACGCCAUGUAUAUGAAAACUGGUAGUUAUUGUAUGAGUUUCGCUGGCAUCUGUGUCAAAAGUUCUGUGAUGAAAAUCAUUCCGAGUUCCACGCUCCCAGUGAGCCCUUGAUUUGUCAUCACGUACAGAGAACCUUGUAUCGUAUUGUACAGUGUUUACAAUCUUAAAUUGUACUGUGCUGAUGAAAUCAAGCAUAGAGAAGACGAACUAUUAGCUACUGUCUUUGUAUAAAGAUAUGAUCUGGAGGAAAUACUGCUAACGUUUUUACAAGUGACUUUUGAAACCUAAAAUUAAAUCAAGGAUACAACUAAUCAUUGCCCUGCUGAUAUAACUAAUUAUCGCCCUGCUGAUAUAACUAAUUAUCGCCCUGCUGAUAUAACUAAUUAUCGCCCUUUGGUGUAACUAAGUAUCGCUCUAAUACAGCUAAUCAUCACACUGCUGAUAUAACUAAUUAUCGCCCUUUGGUGUAACUAAGUAUCGCCCUGUUGAUACAGCUAAUCAUCACACUGCUGAUAAAACUAAUCAUCGCCCUGCUGAUAUAACUAAUUAUCGCCCUUUGGUGUAACUAAGCAUCGCCCUGUUGAUACAGCUAAUAAUCACACUGCUGAUAUAACUAAUCAUCGCCCUGCUGAUAUAACUAAUUAUCGCCCUUUGGUGUAACUAAGUAUCGCUAUAAUACAGCUAAUCAUCACACUGCUGAUAUAACUAAUUAUCACACUUCUGAUAUAACUAAUUAUCGCCCUGCUGAUAUAACUAAUCAUCGCCCUGCUGAUAUAACUAAUCAUCGCCCUGCUGAUAUAACUAAUCAUUGUCCUGCUGAUAUAACUAAUCAUCGCCCUGCUGAUAUAACUAAUCAUCGCCCUGCUGAUAUAACUAAUCAUCGCCCUGCUGAUAUAACUAAUCAUCGCCCUGCUGAUAUAACUAAGUAUCACCCUGCUGAUAUAACUAAUUAUCGCCCUGCUGAUAUAACUAAUUAUCGCCCUGCUGAUAUAACUAAGUAUCACCCUGCUGAUAUAACUAAUUAUCGCCCUGCUGAUAUAACUAAUUAUCGCCCUGCUGAUAUAACUAAUUAUCGCCCUGCUGAUGUAACUAAUCAUCGCCCUGCUGAUAUAACUAAUCAUCGCCCUGCUGAUAUAACUAAUCAUCGCCCUGCUGAUAUAACUAAUUAUCACACUGCUGAUAUAACUAAUCAUCACACUGCUGAUAUAACUAAUCAUCACACUGCUGAUAUAACUAAUCAUCACACUGCUGAUAUAACUAAUUAUCACACUGCUGAUAUAACUAAUCAUCACACUGCUGAUAUAACUAAUUAUCACACUGCUGAUAUAACUAAUUAUCACACUGCUGAUAUAACUAAUCAUCACACUGCUGAUAUAACUAAUCAUCACACUGCUGAUAUAACUAAUCAUCGCCCUGCUGGUUCGAAGUUUUCUUCUGCAUUUUCCAAUGCACAGCUUUGUUUUCCAUCCUUCCCAUAUGACCACGAUUUGAACAAUCUACACUACCCGAGGAUGUUUGGCUGAAUAACAAUAUCACUUAUCAAUGCCCUGCUGUUCUUGAGAACAGUUUCCCUACAUAUCCUCAUGAAUUUAAAACUGUGAUUCCCUACUGUAACCCCACCCUACCUCCAGGGGUUAUGAUCUAUCCACUUUCACAUUAGGGUUUUUUUCUGGUCCAGUUGUUCUUAAUAUUUUUAAAAGAUGCUACCAUAUUUUCACUAUUUCUCAAUUAUA